AUGGCGGCGGCGGCCCCCAUCUUCCUCUUCCACCUCCCUCCUUUCAUUAUCUCCCAUUCUCUACUAACCUUCCUCUUCCGGCGUGUGGAGGUGAGCCGGCGUGCCAUCCGACCGAUGAUAUACCCUUGCGAUCCCGGUAUCCUCGGACCGACUCACAGCCUCCUGGUACUGCGUGCUGGGCAUGCGGGCGUGGGGAGGCACCUCCACAAUGAGCAGGGCCAGAACCCCCAGUCUGGCAUCAGGAAAUACUUCUACUAUAUUGACCACCAGGGCAUGCUGUUCCUGGAUGAUACAAGAAUGAAGAAUUUCACUUCCUGUUUUAAAGAAAAGAAAUUCCUUCAAUUCUUCUUCAGCCGCAUGAAGUUUAAUGAGACUGGCCGCUACCCUGAGUUUCCUUUUCUGUCUCUGUGUGGCUGUGAGAGGAACUACAUCCGCUGUGAUGACCUACCCCUUGUGUUCACCCACCUAGUGAGUGGUCUGGCUGAGGCUAGUCUUGUCUGAACUGAUACCUAUGUAAUA